UAAUACUUUGUGCCAAGUUGAGGGGGUAAAAUGCUUCUUUGUUCCAAAAUGAAUAGGCAAAACCCAUAAUAGUGAUAGUUGAACUACUGCUAAAUCUCUUACACAACAUGGCUGUUUCGAAUCGAGUUCCAUUGAAAUCAUUCAUCAAACAUUUCCCCGCGUUGUGUACACUGCGCGACGCUCUCCGUAGCUACUGCACAACCCAUUCGGUUGAUCAAAUUGAAAGCCUCUCAAUACCAUUGAGCGGCACUGGAACAAAUGGGCUAGAGUUUUUAAGAUGGAGAAAUGGAGGUGGAAUGUUUCACAAAUCAGCUAAUAUAGACCCAACAGCGCUCGUCGAAAUCGGUGCAGUAGUGCAUUCUGAAGCUGCUGUUGGUGCUAAUGUACUUGUUGGAUCAGGAGCUGUUAUUGGACCUAAUGUUGUUGUUGGUCAUUUUACUAAGAUAGUGUAUAAAGUCUCCCUAAGCAAUUGUAGUAUUGGUGUUUCAUGUGUGAUUCAUAAUGGAGUAUGCAUUGGUCAAGAUGGUUCCAAUUCAUUAAUGGCGAAGACAAGUUGCAGCAACUUGGAAGGUAUGAAAUGGCUUUUGUCAAACACUUUGAACUGUCAACUGCAAAGAUAUCAGGUUUAAGGGCUGAUCUAUUUUUUGGAGAAACUACGGGGAUAUUUUUUAACCUUUUGCCAAAAUGGAGACAUAACUGAAUGAUUCCAACUUCCAGGUACUACAGUUUACUUCUAUGUUUUUCUUUUUAAUUUUUUAAUUUAGGCUUGCUUCCCCGUUUAGGCCAACUACUUCACAUCAAAAUAAAGUAAUAUUUCUGUCUUUAUUCUUAAAAAGAAAAUAUAUAAGUUUCAAAAAAUAUAUAUAUAUAAUUAAGUUUAUAUUGCAAAAUAAAUAGGCAAAACACAAAAUAGGCCCCUUGAACUUUUCCUUCUAUUUUCUUUUGUAAUUUGACUUCUAACUAAAGUUUUAUUUAAUUGAGUAUCAACUUUUAAUUUUGUAAUUUAUAAAUCCAAAAUAACGAAAGUUGCGAUAAGGCUUAUAAUUAAAAAGCGUGCGAGGCUGUUAAAUAAAUGAAAUUUAUUUUAUACAUUUUGCAAUAAAGUCCAUGAGUACAAUUUGAUUGAAUUGGCUCCUCAAGUUUUUAUUUUAUUAUAUUCAACUCCAUUUUAGAUGUAAAAUAUGAUUGAACUAAUCAUGUGAAAAUACUUUAACUAAUUAUAUAUAUAACACAUAUUUUUUUAGCAUAAUAAAUUUUUAAGAAUUUAAUUUUUUCUUCUUUAAAUUAUAACUUGUUCCAUGUUAGAUCACCUGUUUUUCUUUUAUUUUUAAUAAAUUAUCUAUUUAAAUAAGAUAUAACUUUAAAUGAUAUGUUAAGCUAAUUUAAAAUGCGUACUUUUUGAUAACAAAAUUACAAGUUAAGAAAAAAGACGGUAAAUUUUGUUUGUCUUCAAACAAGAACUCAUUUUGCCCCGUAUUUUAUUUUGAAAUGUUCCACUUUUGAAAUCUCAUUUAUACUUUUAGAGUAUUUUUACAUUUAAGUUCCUCCUUUACCCUUCUUUCUUAAUCAUGUUAAAUUAUAAAUUCUACAAAGACUAAAUUACCGUUAAUAAGAGUAAAGUGAAACAACAGACUUUAAUAAACGUUUUUUUAACUUUUGUAUAGAAUGAAAUGAGAUUUUAAAAAUGGGAUGGAUACUAGUUUUGUUAGAAUUUUACAAUAAAAAUAUCACACAUUUUAAAUUGAUUUAGUUUAAUUCGUAUAGUUAUACUUAUUGUGAUUGAUUAAUAUUUAGACUAUUUACGUAUAUAAUAUUAUUUUAAAAUAAAAAACGGUAUUAUUCUCAUUUUUUGCUUUGUCAAGGAGUUUAACAUUAAAAAAUAAAAGGUAAAGGAGUCGAUUGAAUAAAAUUAUAAAUUGAUGGAUCAAAUGUAAAAAAUUGCGAUUGUUUUUAUAAUUAAAAGAAGUACUAUAUGUUUGUAAUCCGUGUUCCUAAAUUCUACUAGUCAUAUUAGUUGAUACAUUUUACAGUUUAGGGACCCAAUUAGACAAAACUAAAGUUGGAGAAUCCAAUUAAAGAAAUGGCUAAAAGUUCAGGAUCUAUUAUGAGUUAUGCCAAGAAUGUCCAUUUUUAUUUUGUUUGGUGAGUGACUAGUUCCCUACUGCAAAAUUAGUUUCAAAACAUGGCUAUUUUUAAUAGAAUUCCAUUGCGUUCAAUCAUAAAACAUUCCCCCGCGUUGUGUACACUGCGCGACGCUGUCCGUAGCUACUGCGCAACCCAUUCGGUUGAUCUAAUUGAAAGCCUCUCAGUCACAUGUAAUUUCUCAACACUUCAACUCUUGUGCACAUAACCUGUUCGAUAAAAUGCGUCUGAGACUAUAUGAUUUUUGUUUCUUCUAUCAAGUUUAGUGGGCGGCACUGGAACAAAUGGGCUGGAGUUUUUAAGAUGGAGAAAUGGAGGUGGAAUGUUUCACAAAUCAGCUGAUAUAGACCCGACAGCGCUCGUCGAAAUCAGUGCAGUAGUGCAUUCUAAAGCUGCUGAUGGAGCUAAUGUUGUUGUUGGUCAUUCUACUAGGAUAGGGUAUAAUGUCUCACUAGCAAUUGUAGUAUUAGUGUUUCAUGUGUGAUUCAUCAUGGAGUAUGCAUUGGUCAAGAUGGUAAGAUUUUAGUUGUUUUGAAGUUUGGUUUUGUUGUUCAAUCAAUCAAAAAAAGUAAGCAAGUAGCAAUUUGAAAUUUUGAUA